AUGGAUCCGCAUCUCCUUACACUUCUCCUCCAGUUGAUGAGCGACGAAGAUCAUGUCGAUGGUCCCGUGAUGACGGCGGAAGCUGCACCGACUUUCCGACAGGAGACUCUGUUCCAGAUGGUUCUUGAGACGGUCGAGGAGGAUGCAGACGAAGACCUUUUCAGCAAUGUUGAUCAACGAGAUGCCUCGGUGGUUGUCCCAGAUUUGGCGGUGAUCUUUCAGCAUAGAGAGAUGGACGGUUGUGGUGUCCUUAAAAUCAUGCGGGACUUCUCCUCGACGCCACAUCUCAUGGAGGAGUGCCAUCAGAUGAUCCAUGAGUUGAGGGCCACCGUGCUUAUAGAUCUCAGCUGGACUCGCAUCUGA